GCCGUGGGCUUUGGUGGAGUGCCUCACCCCGGGGUGACGGCUGGUUCACUCGGUGCAGGGGCCCCGCCCCUCCUCCGGGACUGGAGGUGACCGAGGCUUCCAUCGCUGUCCGAGGGCGGCAGCCUUCCAUGGGUGUCCACAAGCCGCGGCGCGGACCGCGGAAGUAGCGGGAGACUGUCCUGCUGUGGGAGCGAUGGCCGCGGGGAAGCCUCAGCCCCUGCCGGGCCACGGAGGACCGUUCGAGGUGUGGCGGCUGCCUGCUGAGGGACGCUGCGCGCCCUGCCGUUACCUGAGGAACUUGAAAUGCCACAGCAUACAAAAAUAAAUACAGAUCACAUAGAUUGAGAAUUAGCAUUUCGAGCUGUCAGUUUCACAGGCCUGUUUAUUGGAAAUAAACUGAGAAAACAAGGUGGGUGAGAAGGAGGGGAAGUUUGUUUUAUAAGGAAAAAAAAAAAAGACAUCAAGGAGGUACAAAAGAGGUUACAUGUCCUUCAACACAAUUCUCCAGACAUCUCUUUGUAUCUUCUUUAAGUGCAAACCAGGUAAUUUUUUAUGAAGUAGUUAUGACAAGAGUCUGAGUUAAUUCAGUCAGUAAUUAGCCUCUUAUUAUUCUGUUUUUAUGCUUUGUUUUCUUCCUUUUUUCAACUAAAUGAUAAGUAAACUGUAAAACGGCAUUUAUUCACUAAAGUAGAUUUAAAACUUGAUCAACUCUUACUAGAUUCAGAAUGUGAAAAUGUUAACUCAUUACAUGAAAUAUGUAAACAUUCAUAGUGAAUGCUAGCAUGCAUUGUCUUGUACAACUCACUUCUAAGUCUUAAGUAAGACAGUAGGUCGAAGUAUGUGCAAAUGCUUCAUACUAACCUAAUGAAUAUUUUGUGCUGUGAUUGGUUACUUCAGUCUGUGCUUUAACAUGCCACUUGGAGUACUGAUGUACCAGUAAUAAUGAUGUGAUGCUUACCUUGUUUUCUGAACAGAACUAAUACAGUGUUUUGAUGUACCACAGGUAAAUUUUUUCCAUAACCUUAUGGAGAAAAAGGACUUUGAAGCAUGGCUUGAUAACAUUUCUAUUACAUUUCUUUCUCUGACGGACUUGCAGAAAAAUGAAACUCUGGAUCACCUGAUUAGCUUGAGUGGAGCAGUCCAGCUCAGGCACCUCUCCAAUAAUCUAGAGAUUCUUCUCAAGAGGGACUUCCUCAAACUUCUUCCAUUGGAACUUAGUUUUUAUCUGUUAAAAUGGCUUGAUCCUCACACCUUACUCACAUGUUGCCUCGUCUCUAAGCAGUGGAAUAAGGUUAUAAGUGCCUGUACAGAGGUGUGGCAAACCGCAUGUAAGAAUUUGGGUUGGCAAAUAGAUGACUCUGUUCAGGAUCCUCUGCAUUGGAAGAAGGUUUACCUAAAGGCUAUUUUAAGGAUGAAGCAACUGAAGGACCACGAAGCCUUUGAGACAUCCUCUUUAAUUGGACACAGUGCCAGAGUGUAUGCACUUUACUAUAAAGAUGGUCUUCUGUGCACAGGAUCAGAUGACUUGUCUGCAAAACUGUGGGAUGUAAGCACAGGUCAAUGCAUCUAUGGUAUCCAGACACACACUUGUGCCACAGUGAAGUUUGAUGAACAGAAACUUGUAACGGGCUCUUUUGAUAACACGGUAGCCUGCUGGGAAUGGAGCUCUGGGGCAAAAACACAGCAUUUCAGAGGACACACUGGCGCAGUUUUUAGUGUGGACUACAACGAUGAACUUGAUGUUCUUGUCAGUGGCUCUGCAGACUUCACUGUGAAAGUGUGGGCCUUAUCAACAGGAACGUGCCUGAAUACCCUUACUGGACAUACAGAAUGGGUCACUAAGGUAGUUUUGCAGAAGUGCAAAGUCAAAUCUCUUAUGCAUAGUCCUGGGGAUUAUAUUCUUUUAAGUGCAGAUAAGUAUGAAAUCAAGAUUUGGCCUAUUGGAAGGGAAAUAAACUGCAAGUGUUUAAAAACACUGUCUGUUUCUGAAGAUCGCAGCAUCUCUCUACAGCCCAGAUUGCACUUUGAUGGUAAAUACAUAGUGUGCAGUUCAGCACUAGGAUUAUACCAGUGGGAUUUUGCCAGCUAUGAUAUUGUCAGGGUUAUCAAGACUCCUGACUUCUCAAAUGUGUCCUUGCUGGGCUUUGGAGAGAUAUUUGCUCUACUGUUUGAUAAUAGAUACCUGUAUAUAAUAGACUUGAGGACAGAAGAACUGAUAAGCCGCUGGCCUCUACCAGAGUAUAGAAAAUCAAAGAGAGGCUCAAGUUUUUUGGCUGGUGAAAUGUCUUGGUUAAAUGGACUGAAUGGUCAAAAUGAUACAGGCUUGGUUUUUGCCACCAGUAUGCCAGACCACAGUAUCCAUUUGGUGUUAUGGAAAGAACAUGGAUGAAAAGAUUACAUAUGCAGAAUCUUCAGGAUUAUAUAGACUAUCAGCAAUGUGUCUAUCAAAUGAAACUUUGCAUGAACCAAAGUUGCACAUCUAAUGGUAUCAUCAUGCAAUGCACAAUCAUUUGAUUUUAUUUGGGCAUUUGGGAAAGGAUUGUUUUUGACAUAAUGCAACAGAGCAUGCUAACAGUAUUCACCAUUAAAUUUGUCUUUAUUCAUG